CUGCGAGUUAGUGCUGAGAAGCUGCUUUUCCAAGUAGAUGCGGAGAGCGGGGACUUGCUCGUGAAGGACCGAAUAGACCGUGAGCAGAUUUGCAGGGAGAGAAGAUGUGAGUUGCAGUUGGAAGCCGUGGUGGAAAAUCCUUUAAACAUUUUUCAUAUCACUGUGGUUGUUGAGGAUAUUAAUGAUCAUGCUCCCCAAUUCCAUAAAGAUGAAAUACACUUAGAAAUCAGUGAAUCUGUCAGCCCGGGGACGGGAACAAUUCUUGACUUUGCAAAAGAUCCCGAUAUUGGUAUGAAUUCAUUGAGCAAAUAUCAACUAAGUCCUAACGAGUAUUUCUCGUUGGUGGUGAAAGACAAUCCCGAUGGUGUCAAAUAUCCGGAAUUAGUACUGAAGAAGAGCCUGGAUCGAGAAACGCAGAGCGCUCACCGCUUGGUGCUGACAGCCUUAGACGGUGGGGUUCCGCCACGAAGCGGCACCGCUCAGAUCCAAAUCCUGGUGGUAGACGCCAACGAUAACCCUCCCGUGUUCAGCCAAGACGUGUAUAGGGUUAGCCUUCGGGAAGACGUGCCGCCAGGCACCUCGGUGCUGAGGGUGCGCGCCACUGAUCAAGAUGAAGGCUUCAACGCUGAGAUCACCUACUCCUUCCUUGCUGUGGCGGAUAAAGCCCAGCACGUGUUCUCUCUGGACUCAGUUACAGGAAACAUUAUAACUCACCAACCCUUGGAUUUUGAAGAUGUAGAAAGAUAUACCAUGGAUGUAGAAGCAAAGGACCGAGGAUCCCUCUCUACACGGUGUAACGUAAUUAUAGAAAUUCUAGACGUAAAUGACAACAGCCCAGAAAUAAUCAUCACUUCUCUCUCUAGUCAGAUUUUGGAGGAUUCCCCUACAGGAAUGGUUGUGGCUCUCUUCAAAACACGGGACCAGGAUUCCAGGGAAAAUGGAGACGUCACAUGUAAUUUAAGUGGAGAUGUUCCAUUUAAGAUUCAUUCUUCUUCUAAUAAUUACUACAAGCUUGUAACAGAUGGGGCCCUGGACCGGGAACAGACCCCAGAGUACAAUGUCACCAUUACAGCCACCGACAAAGGCAAGCCGCCCCUCUCCUCCAGUAGAAGCGUAACCCUACACAUAGGCGACGUCAAUGACAACGCUCCGUUUUUCCAACAGUCAGCCUACUCGGUCCAUGUGCCAGAAAACAACCCGCCCGGUGCCUCCAUAGCGCAAGUCAGCGCCUCCGACCCUGACCUGGGGCCCAACGGCCACGUCUCCUACUCCAUCGUGGCCAGCGACCUGGACCUACAAGAGGCGCUGCCAGAUCUCAGCGACCAUCCCACACCCUCUGACCCUCAGUCUGAGCUGCAGUUUUACCUGGUUGUGGCCUUGACCUUGAUCUCAGUGCUCUUUCUCCUUGCGGUGAUUCUGGCCAUUGCUCUGCGCCUGCGACGCUCCUCCAUCCCUGCCGCUGGAGGCUGCUUUGGGUCUGUUCUCUGCUCGAAGUCUGGAUCUGAGAUUCCCCCCAACUACAGAGAGAAACGCAGCCAGCGCUCAAUCCGGAUUCUCAAGGCUCCAACUACACAAAGCUUCACAGUUCCUACAAACCCGCUCCGGGACUGCAGCGACACUCACUCCAGAAUUUAA